CCUCCACAGUCCCACCCCACCAUCCACACCAUCAACACGCGCUGUGACGUCACGGGCGGAGCUGUCCACGCAGCGGUGGUGCUGAAGCUGAACAAGAUGGCUGAGUGUUGGAGACCGGAGAGGUGAGAGCCGAACUAGGGGGGGAGAAUAGAGUCUCAGAUUCACUCAGACUCGCCUUAAAAAAAGAGACACCGAGCGGACUGCGGCUAUAUUUACUCUCCAAGUUCGAAGACUCUGAUUCCUGAGCGGUGCAACGAACCCUGGCGGGCCCCGGUGCUGCUCACUCCACCGACGGCAGGCUUCUCCAUCUCCAGCCCGCUCCUGCCGCUCAUCCCCCCGGACUGUAUAUUUGCACAGAUUAGCUCAGCCAAUAAGGAAGCUGGUGAAGAAGCUGGACUAUAAGAAAUGUCAUUGCUGUGUGUUGGAGUGAAGAAAGGCAAGCUUGAUGGACCCCAAGAGAAAUUUAACACAUACGUGACCCUGAAGGUGCAGAAUGUCAAGAGCACAACCAUCGCUGUGCGCGGCAGUCAGCCAUGCUGGGAGCAGGACUUCAUGUUUGAAAUAAACCGCCUGGAUCUGGGCCUCACAGUGGAGGUGUGGAAUAAAGGGCUGAUCUGGGACACCAUGGUGGGCACCUUAUGGAUCCCCCUGCGCAACAUACGGCAGUCCAACGAGGAGGGUCCAGGUCAGUGGUUGACUCUGGACUCCAAUGUGAUCAUGGCUGAGAAUGAGAUCUGUGGAACCAAAGAUCCAACCUUUCACAGGCUGCUGCUGGAUACACGCUUUGAACUGCCGCUAGACAUUCCAGAAGAAGAGGCCAGAUACUGGGCAAAGAAACUUGAACAACUUAAUGCAAUGAGAGAUCAAGAUUACGGCUAUCAAGAGGAACAGGAGCGACCACUCCAUGCUCCAUCCACACAGUGCUGUAAUUGGAGUCUGUGGGGAGAUCAGCAAAAUGAAGACCCAGACAGCGCCGUGGAUGACAGGGACAGCGACUACCGCAGUGAGACCAGUAACAGCAUCCCGCCUCCCUACUACACCACCUCCCAGCCCAACGCUUCCAUGCACCAGUAUCCCAUGAGGCACCAGCACUACAGACACUCCUACAGCGACGACAUGCAUGAGCUGGACUACGAUCACAGAGCCAUGAGACGCUAUGAUAGUUUAGACUCGGCCACCAACGGGCGCAGUGAUAUCGACUCAGGCUCAGGCUCGAGCCGCCGCACCAGUCGUCAGUAUUCUCUAGACAGUAGGCACUCACUGUCCGAUAGUCCCACGGACAGUCGUUAUGCCUCGUCGGGCGAAUUGAGUCGAGGCAGCUCUCAGCUCAGUGAGGAGUUUGUUCCUGAGGAUGGUGAAAGCUUGCGAGGUUCCGAAUUCUACGAUGAAAACGACUCUUACCACUCCUGCCACUCCUCCGUCAGCUACGGCAAAGAAGACUCCCCAGGGUGGGACGGUGAGGACCAGCAGGGCGUCUACAGCGAUGAGGGAGGCUACCUCAAAGACGGAGGGGAAGAGGGGGCGCUGUAUGACGAAGAGGAGGGCGACAUGUACGCAGAAGAAGGCGCAUACAACUACGAGGAUGAAGAGGAGAUGCCAUAUGAGGAAGAUGAAGACAUGUACCCAGUAGAUGGCACGCUCAGUGAAGACCAGGAGCUUCCCUAUACGCCGACACCCACAAGCACUGCACCCACACUGAUGCCGCCCUCUGACAGCCUGACCUCCAGCAGGCCGCCGCUGGAGAAGCAGGCGUCGUUGCAUCAGCAGCGGGUCGGACAGGAUCAGCCGCCCAGCUCAGCUCCUGGUCUACCUCCAAUCUCCCAGGACAACACAUUGCCCCCUUUCACCGCAGAGUCCACCAGAGCUCCGUUUACACCCGCACAGCAAGAUCUGUCCGUCACGACUACAUCCGCCCCCACACCUACAACCACAUCGCACGUUCCAGCUCCAGAAAUCAAGCCAUCGGAGCCUGAGCCCAAAUCUGAGGUGCCGCUGGAGGAACUUCAACCCUUCGAGCAGCCUCCAGCAGCAGAGAGCGCUCCCCCGGUUCCUGAAGAGAAACCAGAGGAGCCUCCUGUUCCAAGCUUCCCAAAGAGGGAAAUCAUGGAACCUGGUCCUGCCAGAGCCAAGGCCAAUUGGCUUCGACUUUUCAGCAGAGUACGACUGCAGCUGCAAGAGGCCCGAGGAGAAAGCGUUGGCAUUGCCUCUCUGCUUUUAUCAGCAGGGAUGGGUGGUGCUCUGUACAGCAUUGACAGUAUGCCAGAUCUCAGGAAGAGGAAAGCGAUGCCUCUGGUCAGAGAUCUGUCCUUGGUUCAGAACUCCAGGAAGGCAGGCAUCACCUCAGCGCUGACGUCCAGCACCCUGCACAACGAAGAACUGAAGAGUCACGUCUAUAAGAAGACCCUCCAGGCCCUCAUCUAUCCCAUCUCCUGCACCACCCCCCACAACUUCGAGGUGUGGACGGCCACCACGCCCACCUACUGCUACGAGUGCGAGGGGCUGCUGUGGGGAAUCGCUCGCCAGGGGAUGCGCUGCACCGAGUGCGGAGUCAAAUGCCACGAGAAGUGCCAAGAUCUACUCAAUGCCGAUUGUCUGCAAAGAGCGGCCGAGAAGAGCUCCAAACAUGGUGCCGAGGACAGAACCCAGAACAUCAUCAUGGUUCUCAAGGACCGUAUGAAGAUCCGCGAGAGGAACAAACCCGAGAUCUUCGAACUCAUCCAGGAAGUGUUCACCGUCGUCAAGGCCACCCACGUCACCCACAUGAAGCAGAUCAAGCAGAGCGUGCUGGACGGCACCUCAAAGUGGUCGGCCAAGAUCAGCAUCACAGUGUUGUGUGCACAGGGUCUACAAGCCAAAGAUAAAACCGGUUCCAGUGAUCCGUACGUCACCGUCCAGGUGGGGAAGACAAAAAAGAGGACCAAGACCAUCUACGGCAACCUCAACCCAGUCUGGGAAGAGACUUUCAACUUCGAAUGUCACAACUCCUCAGAUCGCAUCAAGGUGCGAGUUUGGGACGAAGACGAUGACAUUAAAUCUCGUGUGAAGCAGAAGUUCAAGCGAGAGUCGGACGACUUCCUCGGUCAAACUAUCAUCGAAGUCCGCACUCUGAGCGGAGAGAUGGACGUUUGGUACAAUCUGGACAAGCGUACGGACAAAUCGGCAGUGUCUGGGGCGAUCCGCAUGCACAUUAAUGUGGAGAUCAAAGGAGAGGAGACGGUCGCCCCGUAUCACGUUCAGUACACCUGUCUGCAUGAAAACCUCUUCCAUUACGUGACAGAUAUCCAGAACAACGGUGUGGUGAAGAUCCCUGAUGCCAAAGGGGAUGAUGCGUGGAAGGUCUACUUUGAGGAGACGCCCCAGGAGAUUGUGGACGAGUUUGCAAUGCGUUACGGAGUGGAGUCCAUCUACCAGGCCAUGACCCACUUUGCCUGCUUGUCAUCGAAGUACAUGUGCCCAGGAGUUCCUGCAGUGAUGAGCACCCUGCUGGCCAACAUCAAUGCCUACUACGCACACACCACCCAGGCAACCAACAAUGUCUCCGCCUCGGACCGCUUUGCUGCUUCUAACUUUGGGAAAGAGCGAUUUGUGAAGCUUCUAGAUCAGCUGCACAACUCCCUGAGGAUCGACCUCUCCAUGUACAGAAAUAACUUCCCAGCCAGCAGUCCUGAGAGGCUGCAGGACCUCAAGUCCACGGUGGACCUGCUCACCAGCAUCACCUUUUUCAGAAUGAAGGUCCAAGAGCUCCAGUCGCCACCCAGAGCCAGUCAGGUCGUGAAGGAUUGUGUCAAAGCCUGUCUCAACUCCACCUACGAGUACAUCUUCAAUAACUGUCACGAGCUCUACAGCCGCGAAUACCAGACAGACCCGGCCAAGCAGGGUGCUGUGCCUCCAGAGGAGCAGGGACCCAGCAUCAAGAACCUGGACUUCUGGUCCAAACUCAUCACGCUGAUCGUCUCCAUCAUCGAGGAAGACAAGAACUCCUACACUCCCUGCCUAAACCAGUUUCCCCAGGAGCUCAAUGUGGGUAAAAUCAGCGCUGAAGUGAUGUGGAACCUGUUCGCUCAGGAUAUGAAGUACGCAAUGGAGGAACAUGAAAAAAAUCGCCUGUGCAAGAGUGCAGAUUACAUGAACCUGCACUUUAAGGUCAAGUGGCUGUACAACGAGUACUGCAAAGACCUGCCUUUCUUCAAGAGCAGAGUGCCUGAAUAUCCUGCGUGGUUCGAGCCAUUUGUCAUCCAGUGGCUGGACGAAAAUGAGGAAGUGUCUCGCGACUUUCUGCACGGCGCUUUGGAGAGAGACAAAAAAGAUGGGUUCCAAGUGACGUCAGAACACGCUCUGUUCUCCUGUUCAGUGGUGGACGUCUUCUCCCAGCUCAACCAGAGCUUCGAGAUCAUCAGGAAGUUAGAGUGUCCGGAUCCGCAGAUUGUAGGACACUACAUGAAGCGAUUUGCCAAGACCAUCAGCAAUGUGCUUCUGUCAUAUGCUGAUAUCAUCUCCAAGCUGUUUGCAAACUAUGUUACCAUGGAGAAAGUGCCCUGCAUCCUGAUCAACAACAUCCAACAGCUGAGGGUUCAGUUGGAGAAGAUGUUUGAAGCUAUGGGUGGAAAAGACCUGUGUGUGGAGGCGAGUGAUAUCCUGAAAGACCUGCAGGUUAAGCUCAACAAUGUCAUGGAUGAUCUCAGCAGGGUCUUUGCUGUCAGUUUCCAACCUCAUAUUGAGGAGAAUGUGAAGCAGAUGGGAGACAUCUUGGCUCAGGUGAAGGGAACCUCAAAUGUGGGAAAUGCCAGCAGUGUAGCCCAGGAUGCUGACAAUGUCCUGCAGCCAAUCAUGGAGUUCCUGGACAGCAACCUGACUUUGUUUGCUAAGAUCUGUGAGAAGACGGUGCUGAAGCGGGUGUUGAAGGAGCUGUGGAAGCUGGUGAUGAACACCAUGGAGAAGACCAUUGUUCUGCCGCCGCUCACAGACCAAACGAUGAUUGGGAGGCUGAAGAGUGCUUCUCACAGUGAUGGCACUCAGCUCAUCUUUAACGCUGCCAAGGAGCUCGGACAGCUGUCCAAGCUGAAGGAGCAUAUGGUUCGAGAGGAGGCCAAAGCACUAACACCCAAGCAGUGUGCUGUGAUAGAGCUGGCUCUGGACACCAUCAAGCAAUAUUUCCAUGCUGGCGGUGUUGGCCUGAAGAAGACUUUUCUGGAGAAGAGUCCUGACCUCCAGUCUCUCCACUACGCCUUGUCGCUCUACACACAAGCUACAGACAAACUCAUUAAGACCUUUGUCCAGUCACAGAAUGCACAAGUGUUCGGCGGGAAGGGGGUGAGAUUCACCACUAGUGAGGAUGUUUACCCAGAAAAGGGCUCCGGGGUGGAUGACGCCGUGGGAGAAGUGUCCAUCCAUGUGGAGAUUUUCACUCACCCGAACACCGGAGAGCACAAAGUAACGGUCAAAGUGGUGGCUGCCAACGACCUGAGGUGGCAGACGCAGGGAAUAUUCCGGCCGUUUGUGGAGGUCUACAUCAUCGGCCCUCACCUCAGCGACAAGAAGAGGAAGUACGCCACCAAGUCCAAGAACAACAGCUGGGCUCCCAAAUACAACGAAACCUUCACUUUCACCUUGAGUAAUGAGGUGGGUCCUGAAUGCUACGAGCUGCAGGUUUGUGUGAAGGACUACUGCUUCGCCCGAGAGGACCGCACCGUGGGCAUGGCCGUCCUGCAGCUGAAGGACGUGGCCUCCAAAGGCAGCGUCGCCUGCUGGCUGCCGCUCGGUAAACGCAUCCACAUGGACGAGACGGGCCUCACCGUCCUACGCAUCCUCUCCCAGCGCAACAACGACGACGUGGCCAAGGAGUUCGUCAAGCUCAAGUCGGACCAGCGAUCCGCAGAGGAGGGCCGCAGCUAAGAGGCAAAAAAAUCAGACGUCGCCACCUACUACUGCCCCAGAGCUCUCCUGAGCUGCUGCUAGCCACUGCCCUGAUGAUCCAGUGUUGUAAAAGCACAGAUAAGACAACAGUCACGAUACAUCCAAUGCUGUAAAUACAUUUAUUUCAGUGGAGAAGACACAGUGCCAAUCAGAGCAUCACACAUCUUCUUAAAAAAGCAAGUGUCUUUAUAGUUGCUGACGUUAUCAACCAUCUUUUCGAUAGAGUUCAACCAUAGAGAAUAUAUCUACUCUGCUCUACUCAUAGAGGAGAGUCCUGCCAUUCCACACACACACCUCAUUUCAGGGUCAGGGUGAGAAAUAUCUUGUAGCCUUUAAUAUUUUUGGCUUUCUUUCUCACUUUUCUCUGCCUUUUUAACUCUAAAGCUCCCUCCACCCGCACUUUUCUCUAGUCCCUUCCCUGGUUUGCACCUGUGUAGAGAAGGGACCGCAAGUGCCAACAAAUCGCUAACAAAUGCCAAGACCAGCCCUAAGCACAACAGGACCAACUGUCCAGCUGACCCAUAAACAACAACAACAACAACAACGGCCGCUUGGCUUUAAACAUUCCAGAUAUCAGGCGGGGAACACACACUGGGAACAAAGCACUAUUUAGUUAUGAUAAGUUUACUAUUUGUUUACUUCUUUCUUCCAGAUUAUAUUUUAAUAAUUCUAUAUAUCACCAUAUAUAUACAUAAAUAUAUAUAUAGACAUUAUACAAAACAUGAAAGACAUAUGUAAAGAUACAAACAGGAUUAUUUGAUGGACAUGUGGUGCUUGAAAGAUUGUCCUUGUCUGUCUUUCUGUCCGUCCACCCUGUAACAGAGCACACUGCCUGACACCCUCAAUGCCUUCUGUCUUGUUGACCCUCGUACAGUCCGUCCGUCUGUCUCCUGUAUAUCGACUGUAUGGGGAGAUGACUCUGGUGAAAGCACUGUGAUUCAUCAGAUUACUGUAUAUGUGUGUGAGAGAAAAGUGUGUGAUUUGAGCACAACAUGUGAGUGUGUUUGUACUAAUGUUGACCUCAUGUAGCCGCCCGUGUUGCCUGUUACCUGCAAAUGUAAUCACAGAAAGCCAUCACGAGCAAAGAACGUCGCACAGGGAGGGUAACGGGGUUUUCGUGGAUUCAUUUUCUAAUCAGAUUCGGAGAGAUUCUUUCAUUGUGUUUACUUAUACAAGAUGGUUAUUGCCAUCUUUUUUUUUAGUUUUACUGCAAACAUUCCUCAGCCCUUUAGUGGGUGUGUGAGUGGUGCAUUAUGAGGAGGAAACGCUUAACUGCCACCUCCUUUUCUUAACAAAAUCUAAAAAGUACUCGCCAACAUAUGUUAAAAAAAAAAAAAAAAGACAACAUAAACACAACCCUGAGACCCUAUUUUGAGGUAAAAUGUCUACAUCCUGCACCCCAGGGAGAGUGAUCCCGUGGUUCCCUAAAGAUCCAGCUGCAGGUGCUGCAACCGUGAAUCCUAAGACCUCUGCUAAAGGGCUGCAGAUCCAGACCACAACAGGUACUGGCGCUGACAUUUUAAAAGAGGGCCUACAGUCUAAGUCUUUCAGUCUAAUCAGUGUGGAGAACCGACAUGCAGUGUGAAGAUUUUUCAAAGCACAGGGUCUUUGCUGCACCCGUAAUAACACAUUUAUACUCCGAUCCUGUUUUUGUCUCUCAGUAAUUGUUGCAGGAAUCGUUUCAAAUCAUCCAACGGUUAAACCGCCUGUCACUUUCAUGUGAAAACGUAAAUGUUUUAAAUGGACUAUUCUCUGUCGAGCAUGUCUCUUAAUGCUACUUCUAUUUUCACUGAAUGAACCUUAUUUUAUAAGAAGAAGAAGAUGGUUUUAUUUAUCUAUAAGAGGUUUGUAUGCUUGCUGUGAGCUAGCAGGGAAAUGAUGAUUGGGGUCUUCGGGACUCAAAAAAGAGACGUAAUAACAGGGUGUUUAGUGGUUUAUUUGAAUUCCUUAUUGUUGCCACUUGGUGGUAAUUAAAUAAUUUAAAAGGCCCCAUUAUUUGAACAAGGUGUAAGAACUGAACUCUAUGCAUCUGAUCUAUUAAAUCUCCGUAGAUGAGUCGAGCAAGUCUUAUAAUGUUUACAUUGUGGAUUAUUAUUCUAUCAGCACAAGUGUUUGUCUGAUAUGUUGUAAAUGCUGUCUCUAUUGUUAAUGGGCCAAAUAUCACAGCUGUCGUAGAGCUGAUUAGAGACUGAGAUUUGUUUGUACAGCUUUUCAGCGCAGAGAGAGAAAAAAAUACUAAUCUGGAGCAGAGAUUGAUUGCUGUAAAUAGCUCAGAUGUAUCAAACACACGUCAGACUAUGUGAAGUGAAGUUUGCUGCUCUUUUGUAGACUUGAAUUUUGCUCUGGGUGACUGGGCAGUUGGUAAUUAUGUGUGUGUGGAUGCCCAAUCUGGAUAUGUAGCUUUUACUGGAAGAUAUAGGAAGACCAUGUACACACUGGAGGUGAAUUAUAAAACAUUUGUAGUAGUUUGAGGUCAUUCCAGCUUAAAUUAUCAAGGAGCUUCUCCUCAAAUAUCUCUGAUUUGAUUGAAAUUUUAUCAUCACAAACUAUGGAUAUUUAAAAUGGUAGUUGUGAAAAUUUAGCUAGAUUUUUCAAAUAUUUUCUGAGAUCAUUUAUUUAGGAUUAGAGUUAAAUUUGAGGCUGUAUUUGAAAAACAAUAUCUCAGUGACUAAUAAAAAUAAAAGCCUGAAUUUUUUACUGUUGUUUCUCAUCUUUUCAUUGAUUCAGAAUCUGCAAUAUUGGACAAAUAGAUCAAAUAAUUUCUGUUUGUGAGUGAGUUGAAAUAUGAAGAAAAGCCUGUAUUUGAAAACUGAAGCUUGUAGAAUAACUAUUUUCAUUUCUGUUACCAAGUAUUUGGUAUUAAAAAGUAUUCUAUGUAGUUUUUUAUGUUGUUGUGACAUGAAACCACAAAGAGUUAAGAAAAUACCAGUAGUUUCUGCAUUUUUUUUGUUAAUGUGUGCUCAAAGAGGGGAUGUUUCAAGUACGUUUUCAUAUUUCAACUCACUCAUAAUCAGACAUUCUUUGAUCUACUUGUCCAAUAUUGCAGAUUCUGAAUAAAUGACAGUGAAAAAUUCAGGUUUUUAUCUUUAAUAGUUCCUGAGAUAUUUUAUUUUACCCUCAAAAUGGUGCAAAUGUUGACAUGUGAAAAAAAUUGCUGAAAAUGGGUCAACAGGCUAUUUUUAAAGUUUUAUCUCUGAAAUAUUUGCUAUAACAAGCUAAAAUACCAGAAAUAUCUUUAUAGAGAUCCAUAUUUUAUGCUAUAAAGCUUUCAAGCAAGUCAGAGAUAGAAACUGUUCUAAAAAUUUGAUGAUUUGAGUUGGAGUGACCCUUUAGGAGCUAAAUAAGUAAUUUACCAUUUUCGUUAUAUUAUCAUGCGGCCUGCAAAUGAAAACAACUAAAAUCGAGCCAUAUCUAAAUAUGUUGUGUAACUCUGGUGUGUACAAGGUCUUUAAUUCAAAGAGGACAUCUGCACAGUCUUUUAAUAACUUUAAAACAGGUACACAUAGCUGGAAAUGCCACGAAAAAGAAGAGAUAUAUCUUUAUUUAUUGCUGUUGACAAUGAUGCUUUAGUCAAGGGAGUCCUUCCUCCUCCAGAGGCUCAGUUUGCGUGUCGGGCUCUCAGGUUGGCUCAUAGAUGAAGCACAACGAAAAGCACAUAGACACAAGAAGCUGACAGACAUGCAUGAUCUGUCCAGACAGAUGCCUGCACAGCGACGCCGGUCCUGUACUUCCAGAAACGGUGCAUGAUAGGAACAAUAAAACAAAAAGAGAAAAAAAUGUAUUGUGCCAGCACGCAGAAUUAUUUGAUGUUAAUUGCCAAUCGUCGUCUCCUUUUAUUUUGAUAUUUCAUCGUUGUUUUCUAUUUUUCAAAUGUUUGUGAAUAUAUAAAUAUGUAUUACUGAUGAUGUGUAGUGGUACAAAGUACUCGCAUGAGAAAUUUUUUUAUACACGAGAUGUUUCUAAUUUUUUGUUUUCUUUUUUAUUCUGGUUGUUCUUAUUGGGGGUCGAGGUACCUGGGACUGCAGUCUCAAUGUGUUUCCGCUUCCAAUAAAAUAAGAAAAAAGCUUCA